AUGGACUAAAAAGUAACCAGAAGAAAAUUAGUUUUAUUUAUAAAUAUGGCAAAUAGUUUUUAGUUUAUAUUUAGAGAAUGAAGAUCAGUGAUUGGGGACAAGAAAUAGCUUUUUUAUUUCAAUUUUAGAUAUGGAAAGUCGAAAGAAAAUUCUUCAUCCAUAGAAAUUCCAUGCUCUACUUUAAAUUUGUUAAUACCUUUGACUAGAAGAAGCUCCAUAUUUUCUUAGCAAGAUUCUAAUGCUAAUUGUGAAUUUUUAAAGUAAUUAAAAUAAAGAAAAGUUUCUAAGAAUUUUUUUAAGUAAAUAAUUAUUACAAUUUAAUUAUAAAUUUUAUUUCUGGAAUAAAAAUACAACUAAACUAGUAUAUCAAUUAAAAAAGUUUAUUAAAUUAUUAUGGUUAUUAACUAAAGAUUUGAGUUUGUUACAAUCUUAGAAUAAAAGUUGUACUUAUUUUCGGAUGAUUAAAUGAGAGAACUAAUUGAACUUCUUUUUUUGGUUGUUCAGCUUCUAAUAUAAGUAGACAUAUUAGUUUAAAGAAUGCAACUAAUACGGCAUAAUAUAAAAUGA